UAUUUUAGUUGAUUACUGCUCCAGUGAUUCACUAACAUUCACCAAUACCAAUAAAACUGAUACGAACACAGAUAAAAUAUAUACACAUAUAUUUUAUAUAUUAUAUAUAUAUAUACCGUGUGAAAAAGUGUGGCGGUGAUCCCCUGUAGGCUGAUAUAUUCUUAUGAUAUCGUAUACACACAAGAGAUCUUACCGAAAUUAAACGCAAACAUGUCAACUGGACCUCAACACAAGUAUCGUUACAAAAAUGUGGGCUUGGACUCACAAGAAUUACGUCGUCGUCGUGAGGAAGAAGGAGUACAACUUCGUAAACAAAAACGAGAACAACAAUUAUCUAAAAGACGUAAUGUACCAGCAAUUGUUGCUGAUGAAGAAAAUAUUCCGGCCACUGAAGAGUAUCCUGUUCUGACACCUCUACCGCCAGCACAUCCGGUAAUUACUAAAGAGAUGGUAGAAGCUCUGUACAGUAAUAACAUAGAAGAGCAGGUAUCAGCAACGCAGAAAUUCCGUAAACUUUUGUCUCGAGAACCAAAUCCUCCAAUAGACGAAGUCAUACAGACGGGAAUCGUACCGCGAUUUGUUGAGUUUUUGAAAAACGAUUCAAACUGUACGUUGCAAUUUGAGGCAGCAUGGGCAUUGACGAAUAUUGCCAGUGGUACGUCACCACAGACGCAUAUGGUAAUUGAAGCUGGAGCAGUGCCGACCUUUAUCGGAUUAUUGAGCUCGAAUUACGAGGAUGUACAGGAACAGGCCGUCUGGGCUCUUGGCAAUAUCGCUGGUGACAGUCCGGAGUGUAGGGACCAUAUACUCAACAGUGGUAUACUAACACCAUUGCUUCAGUUACUUUCCAAGACCACGCGGCUCUCAAUGACACGGAAUGCCGUCUGGGCGCUGUCAAAUCUCUGCCGUGGCAAGAGUCCAGCACCGGUGUUCCAAAAAGUUGCGCCAUGUUUGCCUGUACUGGCUCAUCUACUCAACCACACAGACUUUGAUGUCCUCGCUGACACUUGCUGGGCACUGUCGUACCUCAGCGAUGGCCCGAAUGAAAAAAUCCAGGCUGUCAUUGAUGCCGGAGUUUGUCGUCGGCUUGUUGAGCUUCUGAUGCACGAGCAGCACAAUGUUGUCAGCGCGGCACUGCGUGCUGUAGGAAAUAUUGUCACCGGUGAUGACAUCCAAACCCAAGUUGUCCUCAACUGCUCAGUGUUGCCAUGUUUGUUGCAUCUGCUUAACUCUUCGCGCGAGACUGUGAGGAAAGAAGCUUGUUGGACGGUAUCCAAUAUCACUGCAGGAAAUCAUCAACAAAUUCAAGCUGUGAUUGAUGCUAAUAUUUUCCCUGUUUUGAUUGACAUACUCGGCAAAGCUGAAUUUAAAACUCGCAAAGAAGCCGCAUGGGCAAUAACAAAUGGAACGAGUGGCGGUACACCAGAACAGAUUCGUUACUUAGUUCUGCAGGGUUGUAUUCCACCGCUCUGUGAUUUGCUGACUGUCAUGGAUCCUAAGAUAGUCCAAGUUGCGUUGAAUGGACUGGAAAAUAUACUGAGACUCGGUGAACAAGAUGCCAGUCUUCAUAAUGGUGUCAAUCCCUACACGGUGAUAAUUGAAGAAUGCUAUGGCCUAGAUAAAAUAGAAUUUUUGCAAUCACAUCAAAAUAUGGAGAUUUACAAAAAAGCUUUUGAUAUAAUUGAACUUUACUUCGGUUCUGAAGAGGAAGAUUCACGAUGUGCGCCAUCAGUUGACGCGCAAGGUCAACAAUUCCAAUUCAAUGCUGCUGAUUCAUCACAAUUGCCAGUUCAAAACUUCCAAUUUUAAUUUUGCAUGAGCAUGAUGAUUUAUAAAAUCAUUUAAAUAUUAGUAAUAACAACAACAACAUCAAUGAUAACAGCAACACGUGUUUACGAGUUACAGAGUUCAUUCAUUUAAAUAAUAUUCGUCGAGUUUAAAAUCGUAUAAUAAAGACCAACGCUAACUUGGAUUUGAAAACGUGAUAAUUAUAUAUUUUACGGUGAUCAUUGUUUUCAUUGUUGAGUUUCUCAGCGUUUUCUCUCCAUUGAUGAGAAUUUAAAAAAAAAAUUACUAACAGAAAAAAAAAACAAUGACAGCCGUCAAUAGUACCCUAAAAAAAAUAAUUUUAAUUUCAUUAAUUAAUUUUUUUUUCCAUCUUUCUUUUUAUUAUCACCUGUUUUCUUAUCGUCUUAGCCAAAAUAUAUAUUAUAUUUAAAUAGAAAUACACAAUAUUGAAAAACAUUUUUUAGACUCGAGAUCAGUUCAAAGUCCCAAUUAUUGACCACUAUCACAAGUAUGCCAGACAUUACAUUUUUUUAAACGUAUUCUUUUAUUUGGAGUCUGUAAAAAAAAAUUAAUUAAAACAUUUUCUAUGAUCACUCAAACUUACAGUCGUAUUAUUUCUACGGAAUUGCGCAAAAUUAUUUUUUUGUUUAAAAAAUUUAAGUUAAUUAAAAUAUCUAGUGUCAAUAAUUGGGUCUUUGGCCUAUUAAUAGAAAUUAUACUUUCAUAUAAAUUAUUUUAUACAUUUUUUUUUUUGUCACUUUUAUCGGUAACGGAACUAAAAUCGAAAAUCAAUACUACACAAUUAAUUUAAGAUUUAAAACAAAAAUACUUAUAAAAACAAACAAAUACUUAACAAAAAAAAAAAAAAAAAAAAAAAAAAAAACUUAUACUGUGAAAAAGACUCUGGACACAUGUAACUUGUGUGACAUGGACUGAUGAUGCGUAUUAACAAGUAAUUGGAAAUUAAAAGGACUUCUUCAAUGACUUUUAGUAGGACGUACGUAUUAUUAUCAACAGGACAAACAUAACAAUACUAAGUCGAUACAAAUAACUACGCUACGUAAAAACGGAUGUACCCUCAUUAGUUAGAUACUCUAACGACCAAAUUUAAUAAAUUUUUUACUGUAAAUACGAAAAUCUCGUGAUUUAAAAAAAAGGACUUUUUAUACAGACUACCUGUGAUAGUCUCGUUUUCAUUUAAAUAUAUUUUAUUUUUUUUUAACCACUGCAUGAUUUACAUCAGGCGAUGAUAAAAAAAUACCAAAAUAAAAUAAUGAGACCGAGAUAAAAAAUAAAUUAUAAAUUAUAUCUAAUUACUAGUAAUGAUAAGGCGAAUUUUAUUUUUCUUCAUUGCAAUAAAUCAUAAGUGCUCUGUAUAAAAAGACCGUGACUGUAUAAAAUGUAUUUAUUAUUUAGGUUCGACAUUAUAUCAUUAUCAUUACUAUACUUAUUAUAAAGAAGAAGCCUAUUAUUACUAUUAUGUAUACAAUUAUAUUUUUUAGUUAUAUGCUUUGUCGGCGACAAUAAGUCGAUUCUCAUUGCCAAUUUAUGAUUAAAAAUAUAUAUAUAUAUAUUUUAUAAGAUUAAUUAAUCAAUUAGGCAUAGACAAUAUAUAUAUACAUACAAAUUUUAAUUGACAAUUAACUAGAAGCAACUUUUUUCUUACUCGGGUUUUAUCGUGACACUUGACGAUUAAAUCAUGCAACGUAAUUUUUUUUUUUUACAUGUUUUUAAAAAAAAAAAUAAUUGCUGAUAUUUUUUUUGCUGACAUAGAUUUUGAUCGAUUUUUAUUUAGAGUUAAAAAUAGUUAAAUAAAUAUGAUACUGGUUAGCAGACGUCUAAUAAUUUUUUGAUUUUUUUUUGAAUGAUAAAUUAUAAAAAAAAAAAAUAUUUUGAAAAAUUGCACAUGAAGUUUUUAAAAUUUUUUACAUGUGCAUAUUUUUAGUUUUUGUUUUUUUGUAAUUGAUUUGUUGAAAAAAAAAUCUUAAACUUAAUUGUCUGCUAACUUGAGAAUCAUAAAUAAAUAAGAGCGUAAAUUGGCAAUGGAUAAAAACUAACGAUGUGAUUAAGACAUAAAUAUUGUCGUGAAAUAAUACGGGGACUGUUGACUGCUACAUAAAACGAUAAUACAAAUACAUAAAAUUAUAUAAUGUACAACAACAACAACAAUAAUGAUAAUAAAUAUAUUAUUUACAUGAGA